AUGUCUUUCAAUAAUGGCAAUACAUAUUCAAAGAGUUAUAGCAGGAAUAACAAGAGACCCUUGUUUGGAAAGAGAUCGCCACAUCCUCAGUCUCUAUUGAGGCCACCGCCACCAAAAAGAAUACGGACUGAUGAUAGCUACCAGUCAGAUGUAGAUAGCACAUCGUCUCAUAGGACGAACUCAAAUGAACAAACCGGUCAUAUUAAAAGUCGUGAUAGUAAUAGCGUCUCUCGCUAUAAUGACACAUCUUUUCAAACUAAUUCUAGAUAUCAAGGUUCCAGAUACAAUAAUAACACAUCCUCUGGGACCUUGCCUAUGAGUAUGAAAAGGGAUGAAACAAAAGCUGAAUUUCUAUCUCAUUUGCCGAAGGGGCCUAAAUCUGUGGAGACAUCGAGGUAUAAUAGUACAUCAAUUACCACUAAUAAUAAUACUAAAAAUAACAUGCACACUACCUCAAAUUACUACAACCAUAAGAGUCUGGAAGUACGAUCUGUUAUAGCUAAGAAAGCAGCAGUUUCAGUUUUAACGCAAAAAAGGAGCACUUCAGUCUAUCAAAGGAUAAUGCAAGUGGGAGAGGGAACCUAUGGUAAAGUUUAUAAGGCAAAGAACACUAUCACAGAGAAGUUAGUAGCGCUGAAAAAAUUAAGACUACAGGGAGAGAAAGAAGGCUUUCCUAUAACCUCCAUACGAGAAAUCAAAUUACUACAAAGUUUCGAUCAUCCGAAUGUCUCCACUAUAAAGGAAAUUAUGGUUGAAUCUCAAAAAACAGUAUAUAUGAUAUUUGAAUAUGCUGAUAACGAUUUAAGUGGGCUACUGCUAAAUAAGGAGGUCAAAAUUUCACACUCUCAAUGCAAACACCUUUUCAAGCAACUGUUAUUGGGAAUGGAAUAUUUGCAUGAUAAUAAAAUUCUUCACCGUGAUGUUAAAGGCUCUAAUAUCUUAAUUGAUAACCAGGGAAAUCUAAAAAUAACAGAUUUUGGGCUAGCAAGGAAAAUGAAUUCCCGGGCUGACUAUACUAAUCGUGUCAUAACAUUGUGGUACAGACCGCCAGAACUAUUGUUGGGAACUACAAAUUAUGGAGCAGAAGUUGACAUGUGGGGUUGUGGUUGUCUCCUGGUAGAAUUAUUUAACAAAACUGCAAUCUUCCAAGGCUCUAAUGAAUUAGAGCAAAUAGAAUCAAUUUUCAAAAUUAUGGGAACUCCCACAAUAGAGAAUUGGCCAAGGCUUUAUGACAUGCCGUGGUUUUUCAUGAUCAUGCCACAGCAAACAACAAAAUAUAUUAGCGCUUUUUCUGAGAAAUUCAAAAGUGUCUUACCAUCCGCAAAAUGUCUACAGUUGGCAACUAGUUUGUUAUAUUAUGAUCAGAGAAAAAGGUCUACCGCAACUGAAGCUUUACAAAGCGACUACUUCAAAGAAGAACCAAAAGCUGAACCUUUAAUUCUUGACGGACUCGUGAGUUGCCACGAAUACGAAGUUAAGUUAGCAAGAAAACAGAAGCGUUCGAACAUUGCAUCUAAUAAUACUAUCAACAACAAUGAUAAAUAG